AUGUCAACACAUGAGAAUAUUACUACAUCCUCUAGUGAGGUUUUACCAUGGCUAUCGUGUGUCGAGCGGCAGUCAGAACUUACAGAUGUUACGCCUGGUGAAUAUGUUCUCAGAACACUAUUCUCUGAAUUUACCAUCCUCACAGAUAGAAAACUGGAACAUGUUCUGGCUGAACCAUUAGUAAGUAUUUAAUUAUGUACCCUGUGGAGGUUUGUUGCAAGCAACACAUUCACACAAACCCUCCCAAUAUCAAUAUUUAUGCUGCCUAUAACUAUUUGACUUGUCUGUAGGAAGCUUUAAACAUUUUUGCCCUGACAAUUGACAUUUAGUAUAAAAGCUUGGUAUAUUUUACAAUGUAAAAUUUUAGUUUCUAUAUGGUAAUUUCAAUAUAAUUAUUCAUUAGCUGGAAGGAAACAAAUUCAUGUCUAUCUAGAGAAAAAAAUCAUGUCUAUAUGGUGUUUAUUCUUAGGUCAAGUACAAAAAAAUUAGUAGUUUCCCAUCCGAAUUUUGGAAAAAAAGGAGAAUGUGGGCGCUUUUUUUUGUUAAACCUUCAAAUAUUGCUCUUAAAGUUUAUCAAAUAACCUAUAAACACACGCAAAUAUUGAAGUUUACUCAUAAAAUAUUAACAUAAAUAUAUUAAUAAGUACUGAACCGCAAGCGAGAGUUGACGAAAAUUCCGAACGCAACCGAACUAUGCCGAAAGGAGCAAUUACUGGCCGAAAUAUACUAAGUAGAAAUUCUUUGAAAGGCUCGAAUAUAAACAUAAAAAAAAAGAAAAGUCCAUGCGGCAAGGAAAAAGGUUGCGGGGCUUGCGGGCGGGGACGAGAAACUAGGAAAUUUUUUUACUUGGCCUUAUGUUAUGCUGGGCAGUAAUUCUAAUUAUUAUAUAUAUAUAUACAUUUACGAUUCCUGGACCUGGUUCAUCACAGACUGCAAGUGUGAUGAAUAACUGAGCAUUUAGUAAAAGUUUAGGAGGUCAAUUGAAUGGUAUUACUGUACAUUCAUUAUUUGAUUACCUUUGGCAUUAAGGCAUAUAUGUUCUGAUAGGUACUUGUAGGUAGAUUAGAAGUGCUGUUCUACUCAUUAUAUGAAGGAUUGAAUUGUAAACUGUUGUGUAGUUUGUGACAUAAAAUGAAGAUUCUCAGUACUCUUACUCCUAUUGUCAACAGUUUUGUAAAGUUGACCACCAUCUGCACGACAUUUUCUCAAACCCACAUGACUGUAUACUGUCUAGACAAAAUUUCUUUUUAACCUAACCAAGGCCAAACUGCAUGCAUGGGCACUAUGCCUCUAGAUUCCAUAUCAUUUUAAUGAUACAACCUUACAUGUACUGUCUAGUUUGAUUGCUGUUGAAUAUAUUUCAUGUACACUUGUCUAGCUGUAUGUUGUUUUUUUAUAUUGUGCUCUGCAUGUUUAAUUUCAACAUGGCCCUGUACAUCCUCAAUAUAUCAUAAAGUGUCAAUUUGGUGGUUAAUACAGAAAUAGAUAUGAUGUCCUAAUUAAUCUCCUAGGAUAUUCUUGUGAUAUUUGAUAUAUGAAUAAAGACUGAUCCACAUGUAGCCAUUUUAGGUUAUUUCAAAUCAUAGCUAAAUUGAUAUAAAUAUCUAUUACCUAAUUUAGUGUAGUAGGUAUAACACAGUUAAUUAAAAGUAUAGUAUAUCUUAGUCUGAGUAUAGCAGGAAAAUUUAUAAUAUAGGCUCUUGUGACUCUUGUCAGUCUAGAAAUACCUACGUUAGGACAAAGGCCUUUAUAUCAUGGGUAAUUAGGAUCUGUGCACACAAAUUUUCUUCUGGUUUAAAAGGAAGAUUGGAUAUUAAAUUGCUAUAACUUAGCAAGAAAUUUAUUAUUGCAAAAUAUUAUUGCAACAAAGACGUUAUUGCAACAAUCACAGCAUAUAUAUAGUAAAUACAGGGUAUUUUUGCGUUACUGACAAUCACAAUAUAAACCUGUGUAUGUACAGUAUAUGUUGGCCAGUAACAAACUGCAUAUGCUGGAGUCCUAUAGCCGGUAUUCUCGCACAUUAAAUGAUAGGCUGGUUGACAAUUUACUAUCAGUAAUGAGCCCUCGUGUCUCUUAUAUUUCAAAAGACUUCUAGUGAGACAUUUUAAACAUUUAUGCAGAAAUUCUUUUAUUUGACAAUUUCAUUAAUACAUAUCAAUUUUCAUUCUCAAAUCAGUUAUCUAGCUGCGCGAUUUCGCGGAAUCGACCAAAAAUCGCUGAAUUUGAGUUUAAGUUCGAGGAAUUUGAGUUUAAGUUCGCGGAAUUUGAAUUUAAGUUCGCGGAAUUUGAGUUUAAGUUCGCGGAAUUUGAGUUUAAGUUCUUUUGCCUAAACUCGUGCGAAUUUUUUCUACUUCCGCUACUUCGGUACAAGACAACGUUUGAAAUACUCGCAAGCAAAAUUUCUCGCAAGCCUACCUCGCCUAGGUCACAGAAUAUACUUCCUCCGCUAUUAAAUGCUUCCACAGCCGAAUCUAAAUUUCUUUCUUUGUUUAGUCGAAAUUUCCUGGAGGGUUUUCUGACUCAUUAGGGAGUUUACGCAUGUACGACGGCGGCGUCAGGACGACGGCUAAACAAACUUUUUGAAAUAAAUGAAUGUUUGAAAAUGCUGUCCUGUAUUUACUUUCUUAUGAAUUUAAUACAGUUUAGAACGAGUAAAACAGAGCUUUAACCUUCAGAGCAAUUUUGAUCAACGCUGUUAGAAAAAUCGCCUGCCAAGGCUUGAAAUGCUAGCGUACUUUACAAGACGUGAAAAUAUGCAUUUUGCCGUCGUCAACAGAGCAUGGACGACGUCUGAAACUCCAGAUAUACUUUUAAUUAUUCAUUUCUUUUUUAUUAUUAUUAUUAUUAUUAUUAUUAUUUAAACACGGUACUAUUUCACAAACUACUUACAUUUAAUUCAAUUAUAUAUAAAAGAGAAAGAACAGAAAAAUGUGAUCUUCCAAUUGGCCGUGUGUUUAACUAUCUUAUAACACUAUCUACAAAUCAAUAUACAUAUCAGUAGACUAUUCAACAUACAUAUUUCUUACUAAUGUAACAAAUACUAACAAUAUUAAAAUGUGCUUUCAAUUGAUAAUCUUGAGUUUUGCUUUAAAAAUAUUAACAGUUUCAGAAUUUUUAAUUUCACUUGGUAGAUUAUUCCAGGCCACUGCACCUCUAUAGCUAAAUGCCUUUUUCAGCUAAUUUGUUUUAGGCUUUUUACCUGGAAAGGGCAUUUAGCUACAGAGGUGCAGUGGCCUGGAAUAAUCUACCAAGUGUUAUACUAUAUAGGAUAAAUGAUAUUGUAUUGACAGCCGUCCUGAUGCUGCCGUCUUACAUGCGUAAACUCCCUAAUGAUAUUUCCUCAAAAUCACGAUCCUGCAUUUUUUACGUUUUCGGAAGUGGAUUUAAAAAAACCUAUAGUGAUAGACUGCAUUUUUGGUAUAUUUCCCGAGAUUCCCCAAAUUUCCAGACUGUAUAGAUCUUAUCCUGAAUUUCCUUAUUAUAUCAGGAUUUCUCCUGAGAAUCACAUCAAUCACAAGCAGAAGAACCAGGGGCGUCGCUAGACCACUUUGAAAUGGGGGGGGGGGGUGUUUUUGCCGGAGUUAUCAAGACAAAUUCUGCCGAGUCACUACAAUCGCUAAUUAAUAAAAUACAAUAAUUUUUCCCUGCAUAGCAUAAUUUUUAAUUCCGACUUCCGAACCACUCAAAUAUUUUCGCUCACCACGAAAACAAUUUUCCGAUAAAUCGGAAAACAUUUUUCCGAUAAGUCCGAAAACAAUUUACCGAUUCUAGCAGACAUUUGCCGAAUGAGAAGAACAUCAAACCGUUCCGCCUGUUUAUCAUUGCGCUUAAACCCUGGACAAACAAGAAUGAGAGUUGAUGAGAGUUGAGAAUCGAGAGUUUGCAUGAGAGUUGAUGAUAGUUGAGAAGCGAGAGUUUGCAUGAGAGUUGAUGAGAGUUGAGAAGCGAGAGUUUGCACGACAGUUGAUGAGAGUUGAAAAGCGAGAGUUGACGAGAGUUGACUGGAUAUUACCGCGCGAAAGCGAAAACUCUUAUCAACUAUCAUUAAAAUUUCAGCCAUGCAGUUCAAAGUCAACGAGAGUCGAUGAGAAUUUGCGGUCAAACGCGAGCGAGAGUUGCUUCAUGUUUGCGUUGCAGUGAGGACAAAGCUUUAUACAGCCUAGACCUUAUAUAUAGGCCUUCUAUUUUUAGUUUCAACGCCCUCCCACACUUACUAAAUGCUACCCAAAAUUGACCAAACCUGUCAAAGCCAGCCGAGUAAAGACUUAUGGGUGAUACGCUUUCACUUUAAUGCAUGAGCUAUGUCUGCGCAUAAGACAGUUUUAUUGAAAAUCCCAAGUCAACUUCGAACUGUGGUAUAUCUAAGCUCUAUACUAUGAUGUCCAAAAGUAUCAUCUUUCCAAACUUCUCGCCAUACUUCUUUACCGGUCUGGGCGUGUACCACGGUCAACCCUCCACCUAAAGAAUAAAGUGUUUCACUUCUUCAGCAUUCUAUUUGGGACCGAUGUCUAUAGAUCAAGACGAGUCUCAAUGGCCUGUUAAACCAUAUAGUAUACGGUACCAAUUCAAAUAGAUGUGGUACAUCACAAGGAGACGAUGUGACGUACUGGACACUUCUGAUAGACCAUUCCGGUAAUUACGUCACAACUACACUGUUUUCAACUUAGGAAAUAGAUUUCAAAUUUGUUUCUCACGGGCGAUGGUCAGAGAAGCAGAACAUCCUUCGUCAACACAUGCAUAAAAAAGAAUUUUGGAUUUUGACUAUUAAAUGUGGAAAUAACUAAAUAGGAUUAAACACGAAAACAAGGCCAUGACCCCUCCUCGGCCUCGUUUUCGUGUUUAAGCUUAUUUCCACAUUUAUUGGUGAAACUCCAAUUCUUUUUUAUGCAUGUGUUGACGAAGGAUGUUCUGCUUCUCUGACCAUAGCCAAUGAGAAACAAACUUGAAAUCUAUUCCUUUUAAGGUGGUCCUAAGUUGAAAACAGUGUUAGUUGUGACGUAAUUACUGGAAAGGUCUAUUGCUGUUUCCACCACAAAUACAGCGCAGAGUUUAUUCUCCCCGGGGAAUAUUGUUCGUCUACUUCGUUCUGGGGGCUCCCACAAGUAAUGUUAUGUACUGAGACAGACAGUGCUAAAUAACUGAGAAAAUGAAUGCCUAUUUUUGCUAUGUGUGCUAUAAGUACGUACUUGUACAAGGAGUGUAGGUGCAGACACUAGUUAAGCUAGGGUGAUGUUAAAUGUGCCUUUGUUGAAAACAACGUGAACCACACAGGAUUUAGUAGUUUCUGAUGACUAUUUUACCACGUCCUCACAGGGAAUGCAAGAUUCUUGAUUGGUGGUUGGUUGUGGUACACAUAUGAACCACCCCAGUUUUGUGUAUUCAGCAACGGGAUCAUGUUUGUUCCUAGAGGUUCUUGGCUUUACUGUCGAGAACUCAGUAUGCUCCCACGAAUAAUGCAUGCAUAUAUUUUACGUUAUAACAUGUGCUAGAUUCGUGCGCAUAAUUGUGUUCGAAAAUCAACUUGUAUUAUAUCUUAUUCUCGUAAUGAUUUAUAUUUUGUUUAAAUAAUGGGUGAAUUAAGUAGAUAAAAAAGCACAAUAGGUAAAACACAAAGGGUAAGACCCGCAUAAAUGGGUCCAGCACGACUUCUGCUUAGAUGCUACUAUAGAAUAUGCGGUACGUUCAUGCCUAUGCAGAUAUUUAUGUUUAUGAAUGACAACCGGUGUUUCUAUUUUUGAAGGAGAAACCACUGUCCAAAUCUCUACAACGAGGUGAAGAUCCUCAAUUUGACCAAGUAAGUCAAUAAUAUUAUAUAUCAACACUUGGAUUGGAAACAACAUGAAAACGUGAAUGUUUAUCAUAUGUGAAUAUAACAGUUGUAUAUCAUGUAUAUAUAAUAUAUACUGUAUACAUUAUACAUUAAAUUUUGUGGGUUUUUUUCAGCUUUUGCGUUCACUAAAUGCUGUUGCCAAAUAUAGCUUGUCUUCUCUUCUCAAAACGCUUUUUCAAUGGUAUUCAAUGCAGGUAGGUUUUGCAAGACUUCACUACAUAGUAAUUGUUAUGUAAUAUGGUCAUCCAUCGUACAGUGUAUGAACUAUUCUGCAAUCUGAUUGGUUGAGCUACAUAUAUCAGAUCAUAUACAGAUACAGUAAGUAGCGAUGGUAUAAUUGUCAAAUAUUUCCAACGACAUUUGUGUGCGUCAUGCACUGUAAGACAGUGUACAACUACGAAUUCUUAAAAUUGCCACUAACCUACACGAACGGGCUUUGUGAUUGGUUGAUCGUUACAAUAAAAGACAAUGAACUAUAGAAAUCAUCUUUGUAAAGAACAAGUCGUAAACACUGAUCACUAUUUAGCCUGCGAACAGGCUCUCAAGCUGAAUUGAGAGCCUGCAUCGAUGACUAGUGAAUUUGAAUAUCUGCCCCGUAACGUUCGUUUUUCCAAAUAUGGAAUGUCUAUCCUUAUAUGGUGUUGUUUACAACUUUCGUGCAAACUAAAUUUAGACCGUGCAAACUAAAUUUAGACCGUGCAAACUAAAUUUAGACCGUUCAGUUUAUACUGUUUUUCGAAAUAUAAGAUAUUCAAGCAAAAGUUCAAAUGUUUUAAAUACUGUUUUCUCAAAACAGAACAUUUCGUGCUUUGAGAUAAGACGGCCAAGACCAAUUUGAUCAGUUAAUGUGUUUUUUAUGCAUAGUGCUUGCAGUUGACAUAUAUAGAACUCAGCGGAAACAUAUAAAUUAUAGCAUCUGACCAAUGAGAAUUUCGCGUCACGAUUUGAGACGCAGAUAUUCAAAUUCAUUAGUCAUCGAUGCAGGCUCUCAAUUCAGCUUGAGAGCCUGUUCGCAGGCUAAUCACUAUUGUUUUAUGAGGCCAAUCACAAAACACAAUCAUUUUAAGUUGGUAGUUACCCAUUGCUAAAGCCCGUUUUCCACUAGGCGAAUUGUUCCACUAGGCGAAUUGUUCCACUACGCUAUAGCUAAACGACUUUUUAGCUUGUUCGUUGCUUCGCACGAACAAGACCUUCAAUAAAUCGAGGGACGUCGUUAACCAUCUGCAUGUAUUUACCUGGAUUUAAAGAUUGACAUUAAAAAUCACCUGGAUCGCUCUAUACUGUAGUCAGUGGCGGGGUUUCGGUGUCUGUUUAAGGCUCUAAGUUAUGCGAAUCUUUCAGAACAUUUGUCACUUGAUGAAAUGAAUAAAGAGUCCAGAGUUGUGCCAUUUGACUGACAUUAGAUACUUUUUCUAAGAUAGAUAAUCAAUUGGUCAUGUCGAUUGGCGUUGUUGUUUAAUAUACAGUUAUAAGUAACAAUUCUAAUUGUUUAAAAUGUUUUAUCAGUAGGAAUGUAAGGAACCCUACACAGAACAAAACAGAUUGUAUAAAAUGCAUUUCAUUCUUAAUAUUCCAACAUAUUCUUUGGGUUAUAGAAAGAACAAAGUCCAAGCGUAGAUGUUACUGAUGGUCAGAAAAAUAAAAAUGGCAAUAAAAACAAGGGGUAAUUAUUAUUGUCAUCAUUCAAACAGUCGUCUAUCUUUAGUAGUCCGCAAAUUCAGUAUACUGUGCAGCAUAACUCAACUCUUUAUUUAUGAUUUAUUAUUAUUAUUAACUUUCUUACAGAGCAUCUCCUGAUUCUCCCAAACUGGCUGCCAAAGUCACUGGUAAAGAAUUGGACUACCUUAUGGAGAGGAGAGAUGUAAGUUACUUCAUGCAAAAAUGUCAUUCACGUGAUUGCAAUUUUCGAGAUUCAAUACGGGCUAUGUACCCUGCAAGAAGUGUAAUUAAAGGUCAAUUUAUAUUUCCAACGACUUGUGUCGUGCGCAAAGGUUUCGUUGGUGAAAAUGACGAAUGUUAGGAGAGAAGUUAAUGUUGUACUAAGCUUCGUCACUGUCGGGUACCUCUCACAAUUUUCAAAGUUCAAGUUAAAUUGCAAGUUUUAGUAUAUAAAUACAUGUUUGUCUUGUCUGUAUUGCGAAAUGUAUUUGAUGUCGAGUAGCGAAAUUUCGUGCGACGCUAAAACUAUGCAUUUGGCCAUUCGAUCUUACAUACACCCCAGCUCCUCUCGUAGUAUUAUUGAUGGGUUUUGAAAUUAAUGUGCAUGAUGUACUGUGUGUACUGCACGCCUGUCUAACUAACGAGUUUUAACCAACAUUUUAUUCUCCUUUUUUUUUAGCAUGCCAUUGAUUUUUUGUUGUGCCUAGUGCUUAUUGAAGUUCUUAAGCAGGUACAUUUGCUCACUAGCUUUUAUGUUUGCAAUGGUUUUGAUCUUAAUAGACAGAGCUGUCCUGUAAACUCGGAAAAGGCGCCCAGCGCCCUAGUACUUGUAUUUAAAGAAAACAGGGCUAAAACAUAACGGUCGAUAGGUUGCCGUUUAACUGAUUGAUCAACUUGACCAGGGGUUUUUCUUCUCGUAAACAAACGAACAAUUUAAGUUGUUAAAAAAACUGGCUGUCUAGUUUUAAACAUGACUACGCGACUUAUGAGCAUAUAAAACUUGUCUUAUACCAUUUUUAAAUGUUAUAAGUUCUCACCCUUUACAAGGUUUCCGUAUUGUGUUUACAUAAUAUGUAGUUUUCGAAAUAUUUCGGCCAAAACACCGUGCAGGCAGCCAUCUUGGUUCAACUUGGUUGGCGUCACAACUGGGGCAAAGAGAAUGUUUUGUUCUGCCAACCACAUUUCAUUAUGAGCCUGAGACUUAUACACAGCAUAUUAAAACACUUUCCUUGAAAUGCAGUCAACCACAUAGUAAUUUUAACAGGUUUAUCCUGCUCUGACCAAACCCCAGUUAUAGUAGUUAGGUGAAAUAUAAAAACAGAUAGCGGAUUAUAUGCUCUUUCUGGUCAAAAUAACUCUUAGACUAAAACCAAGCUAGAUAUAAAAAAGAAUUGUAAAGGGUCUUCAAAUAUCAUAUUAAAAGUCCUGUUCCGAUGACUUUGCCAUUUCCAUUUAGUCAUUUUCAAUUUACUGCAUAGCUUCCAGAACAUCCUGUGGACGACUCAUUAACAAGUCAGAUUGAAAGUCUUGCAUUCAAAUGUUUUAAACAACGAAGUUCGUUUGGUGACAGUCCUAGUGCUACCAAUGCGUAUAUUAUUGCUGCAUUGUAUGCUGAAGUUAUUGGAGUUCUAGCACAGACGAGAUUUCAGUCUGUAAGGAAACGCUUUCUCGCAGAGUUCAAGGAGAAUGCGGGAAACAGUGAAAUGUUGGUGAAUGUAAUAUGUGGAAUGAAAUAUCUUCGAAUAAAGGUAGUUGGUAGUAGACUCUAAUUUCCGCUAUACUUUAUGCCAUACAACACCCUUUUUGAGCUGGAUAUCACAUGUUUAUUUUGGAAUGUUUUUCAUUGCAAUACUGUAUUUGUAGUGGCGGACACUUCGCGUUUUUUUGGCGAGGGUAAAAUUAGGUUGCCAGUAAAAUUUAUAUUGCCCACGUUUUGCUCCGGGAAAUCUUUAGUUAGUUCUUUAAACUUUUUUCUUUAAACUUCAUGCAAUACUGUAUAUAGCUGAAUUUAUAGCCUACCGAUGAUCUGAUGGUUGAAACAUUGUUACAGCUUCGUUACACAGUUAUUUAGCUAUCAUUCAUGGGCUUUCAGAAAUUAUUGGGAGAGGCGGUUGACACCCCCUUUAGUGUUUACCACUAAAUAUUUGUUGCAGCAGAAUUAACUUUAAUUUAUAAUAUUUUGGUGUCUUUCAGCUUUUUCCAGUUGAACAUGUCGAAGAGACAUUUAUGUUCUUACAGGUAAUCAUAAUGUGAAUUAUAGAGGGUAUACACGAGUGUAGUCAUUAUGCCAGAGCUACUGUACAGUAUUUGCAGAUUUAUUACUUUUAAAAUUUACGACUCAAGACAUGCUUUUAUCUACCGACGUUUUCCUCAUUAACACGCUCUGGAGAUAUGAAAGAAAUGGCAUAACACAGCUUUGUGGCAAGUACAUGACACAAUCUUGUCAGAUAUUGCGUUGCAAGAUGCCAAAAAAGUGCUUUUUCUGUUUCUCACAUCCGUUAGGAGGGUAUGGUACCUGGAUUUCUGUGUGUGUUUUUCACAAUUCGAUCAAAGUAUGGACUUGGAUAAAUCAUCUAUUAAACCGUAAUUUGAUCGAUUUGUGCUCACUAUCAAGUAAAGCAAUGACUUUCUCUGUUUAUAGGAUUGUGCAAAUGUUUUCAUUGAGACACGAGAUAGAGAUAAAGAAGUUAAAUACGCAUUAGCUGGUGUGUUUGUGGAGAUUCUAGUUCCUGUUGCAGCAACAGCCAAGCGAGAAUUUCAUAUUCCAGCUCUGAAGAAUUUUAUUGACUUGCUUUAUCCUUAUGCAUUUGAUAUGUCUAAGAAGAACAAGCAUCUUCAUGUAAGAAUUAUGAAUUGUACUUUUAAUUUCGUAAUAUUACACAUUUUGUGUGUUUUGCUUGUUUCUACAACCUGAGCAGGCUCGCGUGCAUGUGGACCUUGGAUCUUGCCGGAGUUCAAUAUAAUUCUGAAAACAUGAUGAACUUGGUUGAACCUGAAGUCGUAUGAACAACCAAAGUUACUGGCUUGCUGUAAUGUCCCUGGUAGAUAACAUUCGUUAGUAUACUGUACGUGUAAACUGCGUGUACAUUAAGGUUAAAAUUUCGUUUAUGGCGAAUGUGAGUGAAAGACAGAUUGAGUUCUGUGUAACUAUGCGUGUAUAUACUUGACCGAAACUGCUCUAAACUUUGUAAACAAAAUAUUGACUGGAUAGCUCUGUCAAUUCUAAAUGUUUUUGGUUGGGACCCAGUUACGGCCAUUUUUUUACCAUAUUGAGAAGAAAACCGGAAAAUGUGGAGAAAGCUGCGGAUUGAGAUACGACAACCUGAACAGUACAAGCAGAACUUUGACGUUCCGAGCCUUUCAUUGCGAAGUUCCGUUGGAGAUUAUACCUGCAGAAAACAUGCCCUGUUUGACAGAGAUAAACUCUUAAACAUAUGCACGCCCGAAAUUAUAAACAGGAAUCGAACCCUGGUGACAAAGAUGGAGAAACAUGCACUAAGACACCAACACUCCAUGUGGUCACCUGAUGAGAGACAUGCACUAACCACUAAGACACCAACACACCAUGUUGUCACCUGAUGAGAGACAUGCACUAAGACAUCAACACUCCAUGUGGUCACCUGAUGAGAGACUAACCACUAAGACACCAACACACCAUGUUGUCACCUGAUGAGAGACAUGCACUAAGACACCAACACUCCAUGUUGUCACCUGAUGAAAGACAUACACUAACCACUAAGACACCAACACACCAUGUUGUCACCUGAUGAGAGACAUGCACUAAGACACCAACACUCCAUGUGGUCACCUGAUGAGAGACAUGCACUAACCACUAAGACACCAACACACCAUGUUGUCAUCUGACGAGAGACAUACACUAACCACUAAGACACCAGCACACCAUGUUGUCACCUGAUGAGAGACAUGCAUUAACCACUAAGACUCCAACACACCAUGUUGUCAUCUGACGAGAGACAUACACUAACCACUAAGACACCAACACACCAUGUUGUCACCUGAUGAAAGACAUGCACUAACCACUAAGACACCAACACACCAUGUUGUCACCUGAUGAGAGACAUGCACUAACCACUAAGACACCAACACACCAUGUUGUCACCUGAUGAAAGACAUACACUAACCACUAAGACACCAACACACCAUGUUGUCACCUGAUGAAAGACAUGCACUAACCACUAAGACACCAACACACCAUGUUGUCACCUGAUGAAAGACAUACACUAACCACUAAGACACCAACACACCAUGUUGUCACCUGAUGAGAGACAUACACUAACCACUAAGACACCAACACACCAUGUUGUCACCUGAUGAGAGACAUACACUAACCACUAAGACACCAACACUCCAUGUGGUCACCUGAUGAGAGACAUACACUAACCACUAAGACACCAACACACCAUGUUGUCACCUGAUGAGAGACAUACACUAACCACUAAGACACCAACACACCAUGUUGUCACCUGAUGAAAGACAUACACUAACCACUAAGACACCAAUACUCCAUGUGGUCACCUGAUGACAUCAUCAACUGACAAUAAUCGCCAUUCAGUGAUACCUGAAAUCAGGCGGAACAUUGUGUAAACUUUGUGAUCUCUUUUCAGGCGAUGUAUCCAUUAGUUGCCGUGUUGAUGUGUGUUAGUCAGAAGCAGUUUUUCUUGACACAUUGGCCGUUCCUGUUAAAUGCAUGUUUAACUAACAUCAAGGUCAGUAUUAUGAACUCUUUUGUUUCAAAGUUUCCUUAUUUAUAUAAUUCACAAUUUCAGUAGAAACACUGUUCAAGUUUACUGGAAAGAAAACACGAAGAGUGAGAGAUUUCACGUAGUCGCGCCAGUGGGAAAAACCUACUGUAGUUCAAGAUUGAAUGAAAUGCUAUGUCUUGUCACUUCAUCAUAUUGAAAUUCCCUUUGACAUUUCAGGUCAUAAUGACUUUAUUAAUCUUUUUUUAAAAAUAUUUUUACCAAAUGCGCAUUGCAAGACUGCAAUGACGGUCAUUUUAGUCCAAAGAUUCAAAGAAAUAUUGUCAGUGGUAAAAGUCAAACAAGUCGAUGUUCUGUAUUUAAGUUUUAUAAAAAAUAUAACGGUUAUUACUUUUAGAAUUUUAAAUAUUAAAUGUGUUAUUCUUUUCUUCAAUCCAGCAUCGUGACACGAAAUUACAAAGGAUAUGUUUGGAAUGUCUUUAUCGAAUGUUGUGGUGAGGACGGUUACUAAUUGACCAUUUGCGUAAUAGACUAAAUUUUGAUCUAAACAAGUCUAGACAAAAAUUUCAUCACAGCUUGAAAGAGCAUCACAAAAUUAGUAAUAUUCCAAAGUUUCGUUGCGAAAUGUUGUAAAAUGCGGAUAAUAUAGCCUUUCAAAUUUUGCAAUUUUCAGUCAUUUUAGAUUACAAACGGGAAAUUGACAGCCUCAAAGGGUUUGGGGCUGUCAAUUUCCCGUUUGUAAUCUAAAAUGACUGAAAAUUGCAAACUUCGCAGAGCUAUAUUAUCCGCAUUUUACAACAUUGCGCAACGAAACUUUGGAAUAUUACUAAUUUUGUGAUGCUCUUUCAAGCUGUGAUGAAAUUUUUGUCUAGAUCAAAAUUUAGUCUAUAAUGCAAAUGGUCAAUUAUGGGCUGUAAUGUGUGUCUGCUAAUUUGUACCAAACUGCAUGUUAUACGUUGAUACAAGACAGCUGCGGAUUGAGAGAGUUACAACUUCCUGAAAAAUAUAAGCAAAACUUCGACGCUUCGAGCGAAGGCCCUUAAUUCGUCCACUAACCGUUUUGUGUCCGAAACAGUCUCUGUUAGUGCGGACAAAAAUGGUGGCUAGAGAUGAUAUAGGUUGUUGGGUCUGUUCUUCUUGGCUUCCUGAACUGGUUCUCUUGACUCCAUCCCACGCAUGCGCACAUCCCAUCGUUAGUGUCCUCAGUCUACAGCUGUCUCGUCCCAUGUUGCAGCCUGGGUUCAUGUUGUACGUACUGUACGAUGAUCAAGAUGUUCUAUACGACUGGUGCACUAUUAGCCAUUUGUUUUUAUUGGCCAUUUAUGUACGCAUCGUGUGAACACGCGCGUACAACUAAACAUUCAGACUAAAUGGGUUACUCAAGUAUAAUUGCGUGUUUUUAUAGGGUUUAUGUAAUUCGAAUCAAAGGUGAAAAUAACCCAACAACAUUAAGGUACGUUCUUGAGUUACGUAGAGCCUUACAGUAAUUGUGUCCUGUUAUUUUUGUUACUCAGUGUGAGGUGUAUUUGUACUUUAUCUUUCUGUAGUCGUCUGCGCAGUGUAACAGAUACAUUAUUUCCAAGAGGAUCAAGAAUAGUGAACCCACGAGAUGUUCCGAUCACGAUCUUUGUCAAGAUUGUACACUUUAUUUCACAUGUAAAUAUUCUUCGUCUUAGUUUGUUGUGUUCUAGCCUGCGAGCAGCCCGAAAUUUCGUUCAAAGGAAAACCGGAAAUUCGGGCUGCGAGCAGGCUAGUUGUGUUCGUUCUCAAAUUUAAAUGUUAUCACCUUUUUGUUUGAUAUUUAUCUUGUUUAGUAUAAUCUCGACUUCGCUAUGCAGGACAUUAUUUUUGAUUUGUUAAGCGUUGGCCGUUUCAGACAAAUUUAUCCAGAGGUGAGUUCGAUAUAAACAGUUAUUCAAUUUGAAAACGUAACAUAACUAGUAAAUUAAAACCUAGUAAGUUAUUACUUUCGCGACUCUUUUGUUUGGGCUAUGUUUGGCUUUACCUGCUCAAUUUCACAUUUGGUACGUUUUACGAUCGAUCACGACGAUUUCCGGACCCCUCUGAGCACUCCGGGCCCCGGGUAUUUUGCCCCCUCUGCCCCCUCUCGCCGGCCUUGUGGCUGCUGAAGGCAGUAAGGACGCAUUAUACAGUGCAAUUAAUAUUUUCACCAUACUAACUUGACCUGAUGCAAGUGGUCAAACAUUUGCGUUACUGUAAUUAUAAUGUACUUCAUUUAGAGAAUGAAUAUUGGUCUGAGAUCUUUUUUGGUAAUUGUUGAUAGUCUGCAAAAGAAGGUAACGUGUAUUAAUUGUACACAUAGUUUUUGGUCACACAUAUCAUUUUUCUUACGUGAACUACUGUAUCAUGCAUAUGAUUAUUUAAUUUUUUUUAUUUAAAAUUUUUCGCCCACAACGUCAGGGUUUUUUCAGGGAUUUUUUAGGACCGUAAAACGGCCCCAAAAACUCAAUUUUGAAUUGAGUUUUGAAACCAAUCUUCUCACCAAAGUUUCAGUGCAGUAAAAAUGAAGUUGUUUGAGUUAAGUUUGUGACAUGUGGAAAUUAGUUUUCAGUAGGAGACCCGGCAAUUAAGAAAAAAUGGCUGGAAUUCAUUUCACAACACAAGAAAAACUACGCAUUCGCCAUCUUUAACCAGUUUAUAGUGUCUGUUUUAACACAUUGCAUCUCAACUACACUUAUUGGGUACACGUGUCAGCCUCCCGCAUCUGCACCACACCCCCGCUGGUCAACUAAACGCAAUCUUCUCUGCAAGAACGGACCCAAGAGAAAAUCCUGAAAAAAACGCUGAACGUGACUUUUCUAUAUUAUAUAUCUUACAAAAUAAUCAUUAAUUACAGGGCUAGGGGUCUAUUGGAAACAUUUAAUAUGUUUUUAUAUAACAAUAACCAAUAACGUUUUAAUAACCAAUUUGAUAUGAUUAUAUACAAAUGCUUACAGGAAGGUGAUCCGCCAAUGCCAAAUACAACUGGAACAUUACCAUCAGGGAGUUCACUACGAGUAAAGAAAAGUUUCUUAAACAAACCAUUGACUGAAGAAUCCGCUAAGGAUCUCGGGAUUUCCAAGUAUUUUCACAGGUACGUUUGCAUUUUUUUAGCAAAGUGAUUCGAUUAUAUUGUAAACCACAAUUCAUUACAACAAACAAUGUAAUCAAACGAUGUACUAUGGACAUACUGAUAGUUAUUUCGUAUUUUCAGUGUGUGCAAAGCUUUGAACAACAUCCUUCACAAUCUCGACUUACAAGUUGGACGACCAUUAAUGAAGAACAAUCCACAAUGUUCAAAUAAAGACCCAUAUGAUAUGAUCACGUAAGGACACAACACCGAUUUCUAUAUAAACAUGCCAAACCACCAUAUUAGAUGCGUACCAGAUUUUGGCUUUAACAUUUUCCGUUGUAUUGCAGAGGAGAACGGAAAGCAAAGAUUGACCUGUUUAGGACAUCUGUUGCAUCGAUACCAAAGUAAGUAACAAUGUUGUGAGUGAGAAACGUAAUGUUCUAUUUCAUUCUGUUGGAAAUGUACAAUAUCUGGUUUCGUCAUAUAUUAAUUUUAUAAAGUUUUAUACAGAAAACUGUGUACAAUAUUAUAUAUGUUGAUUUAAUUAUAGGUUAAUCCCACAUGGUAUGAACAAGAAUGAUGUUGUAGGAUUACUGUCAAGAUUGACCAUACACGUUGAUGAAGAACUGAAAAGGUCUGUACUCCACAUCAUCCAGUGUAUGCCAGGCUCUAAUGAACUACAUGGCCAUUAUUGACCCAAUAACAAGUGCUUGACACUUUGUUCUGGACGGGUAAAUCGUCUGGCGUUUUGUCCAUGGGAUUCACAACGAAAACGUUGCUCUUAAUCUCUCAAAAAGGGACCACGUAUAGCGGCAAAAUCAGAGGCGCAACUUGACUGUACGUAUUAGGGAGGUGGGGGUGAGUUCUUCUUGCCCAACAAAAGGACAUGAUCACCAACCAAAGCCGCGCCUACGAACGGACACACAGCCCAACACUUGGCUGCUUGGUGUUACACACACACCCACCCACUUCUCUCCCAACAAUUGUGGCCCUGGGCAAAAAUGAUUAAAUAUCAUUGUAUAGAGGAUCCUACAUUGCAUGGCAGGGAACAAGUCUGGAUACACGCAGCUAUUAUCUCGUAUUGGGCACCCAAUAUACGCAUUACUAUAAGCGACAGACAUUAUGUUUGAUAAACAGAAGUAACUCUAUUUUUUUAUCAUCCUUGGUGCAUCCAAAACCAUAUCUGAUUUUGUUUUACAAUGUAGGGCGCAUUAUCUAGGGUGCAUUUCAGUUAAUGUCUUAACUACACAUAGUAUUACUCAGACGUUAUAUUUUUCUCUAGUCUUGCAUUUUCAUCGCUGCAGAGUUUGAUUCUUGAUUUUGUGGAAUGGAGAGAAGAUGUAAUUGUUGGUAAGAUGUUAUUGAACAUUUUCUGGCAUUGAACAAUACUGCACAAACAGCAUAUUUCACGAACUUAAAUUAAAUAGUUACGCCGUACUGUAAGACAUACGUUCCUUGGAGAUAAGUAACUUCAUGCUUGGUGAAGAAAAAUCGUUCGGCCGAUCAAAACACUGCGAGAUUAAUUUCAUGCGAAAAAUAUCGUCUGUCGUGGGAAUAUUAACAUUUUAUUUCAUUUAGUGCAAGGAAAUCUCAAUACUUACAUCACUGAACUAUUGUCUAUUGAAGGGUUUUCGAGAAACUGCCAUCGCCUAUUCUUAAUAACCAAAUUAUUGGUGUUUCAACUAAAUGUUUAAAUUUAGCGCCAUUGUGUAUAAUAUACGAAAUAUAUACCUUUGCUAUUUUGAAGAUAAGACUAUAUACUGCUUUUGCACUAGGUGUAUUAUAAACUAUACAAGCACAUGAUGCGUCGUUUCCAUAGAAACUAAAGAACUAAAUAUUUUUCUAGGUUUUGUGAAUUUCAUCAUGCGUGAAGUACAAGAUCACCAUGCGACCUUAUUGGAUGGUUUAUUGAGAAUGGUUUUAAAGAUGUUGGCUCAAUGGAAAACAUUGAUCACCAUGCCUGAAUCGGAACGAAAGGUAGUUCUUGUUUUACCGGCAAAAAAGUGUAGGCAAUUAAUGUACUAAAAGUGUACCUAAUUUAUAUGAAAAGUAUAAUUACGUACAUUUAAAGGCAACAGUGUUGCCUGCUGAGCGAUGUGAUUUAGUUAGCGUGAAAUUUGCAAACUUUUUAAAGUUUUUCACAUUUGCGCAAAAGGUUGGUAAUAUUACAUGGCUCGAUAUUGGCUCAUUAUAUAAUAAUAGUCGGUCUAAUUUACACAGAAUCUUCAAUUUCUAACUCUCAAUAUGGUUAAAAAUAAUAUCAAAUUACAGUAUUGUUAUAUUGUCCCGACGGCAUAAAUUCACAUCGCUCAGCAAGUGACACUGCCAUCAACUAAGUGGAAAGCUAUGUGUCCAUUUGAUUUACUGUAUAUGUACAUUUCCAAGUGGUCGCUUUCAUUUAAUAUGCUUAAUACAGAUUCAGUAAGGCCGUUUUCUGGUGAAUUCAGACAGUGGUUUCUUGUGCUGUGUAUAGUGCCCGCCAUUAUAUUUGCCACCUGAACAUUGCGGUUUUCUUAGCAUGCAAGAUCUCAAAGCGUAAAAUCGAUAUAGGGAUUGCGUGGUAGUUAUUUUUGUAAAAUGCGUAAUUUGUGUUUUCCUGCUUUUAUUCAUUCAUUGAUUUAUGACUUAUGAUACAGGGUACAUUUCAACAAGCUGAUAUCACGAUCCCAAUGAGUGCUAUUCAUUGUAUUGAAGGAUGUGGAUUGGCUAUGCUCUGCAGGUAUAUACUUACUUUACGUAGUACAUACAGUAUGAGCGGCCGUAUUAUAAAAGAUACCCCCCAGCUUGUGAUUCGUCCUGGUGAAAUAUUCGUACUCUUCAAUAAAGACAUGGAUGUUAUUUCGUGGGAGGAACUGAAAGUUGAUGUAAAUCAACAGGAUUUUUUCAUGUGAUCUCAUUCCUUUUCCGUUUUUCUCCCUCGCGUGCCGUCCCACGUGUACAAACCAAAGCGCCUGGGUACGAGGCAGAUCUAAAACAUUUAUCAUUUAUCAUUUAUCUCAUUCUUAAACAAAGAAUCUAGACAAUUGUGAAAUGGACUUUUCAAAAUUGUAACUGUAAAUUUUUCAUUAUCCACAACUACAUUUAUAAAAAGUCGCAUUUCGCGGUGUGUGCACUCUCAGCCUCGGAGAGGCAAUACCACACGCAAUAUGCCCCAAAUGGCGGAUAAACUGAGCGUGAGAAAGGCUGAUUUUAAUUUUUCCCUAUUUCUAGUGUUCGCCAAAUGCCACGAAAACUUGCUUUGUUGUUGCUGAAAGAGGCGCGAGUACUGGGUAAUCUUGUUGCUAAGGUAACGUUUCUUAUUUUCAAUUUAUAUUUUUUAUUUCUAUGAUAAAUAAUUUUAAAGUACUAACUCCAAAGAUUAACAUAAUACAUUAUUUAUUUUCAUCCUUUCCUUCAGAAUGGUUCUGAAAUCUUUGUAAUGGACAUUAUUGAUGAAAUAUCUUCUGAUAUUUUGACCAAUGCUCUGAAAAAUUUAUCACCAGAGGACAAGGUUGGUAUUGUAAUGUACUGUACAUGUUAUAUAGACUACAUGUGGACAGUGUGGACAAUGAUGGGCAAGUAUAGAUAGGGAUUAUAUGUCAUAUGGGAGCAGGCAGGUGCAUGGGAGAAUAUGUAUAGGUUUACUUUGAGUAUGGUGUAUAACAGUAGCGAAGCCAGAUAUUUUCGUGUUCAUACACCGUGAAAACAAUCAAUUUCUAAAGAAAUGAAUAAUGAUAAUGAUGUAAAAUUUGCAUAGCAUGACCAAAUUGUCGGGCUGGCUUCGCCACUGGUGUAUAAUAUGGACAUGGUUUACUACACUAGUAUAUUCCUUGAACAAUUAGUACAUUCAUUACCCAACGUUUCGACACACCAAGUCUUCAACUGGGGUGACUAUAGCGUGGUUAACUUGUGUUCCUUGGGGAUGACGUCACCUUCAAACAAGUUAGCACUGUUGCGCUAGAUAGUUACCGCCAUCCCUUUACCGAUUUCGGUCUUCUCCAUGUUGGCCGAUGAUGUGAUACAGGUGUACAUCUAGUGUACAAACCUGACGCGUUCAUGCUCAGUUAUUCACUCGGGUAUCUUUGGAGCCUGUUUCACCUUUCGCCUUCGGUUUAAGUGACUAUUAGUUUCAGCAGUGCGCAUUGCGUUCUCUUUUGCGCUCCGAACGCGAUUUUGCCUAUUCUCGGCCCGUUGUAGGAACCGACACGAGUGGAUGACCUCUUCCGGAUGUUUUUUGCUGCUGCUUCCUGCACUGUUCCGGGUAGGACCGGACAAAAGAAGGGGAUAUCCAGGAUAUAAGAAGCUAUGUUGCGACCUUAGAUCACUCCUGAUGAUAACACUAGACCAGAGUAUCGAAAAACGUCCACUCGUGAAUAUAAUUUAUUUCUUGUGGACUAUAUUCAUACUGAGUAUAUAACGAAACGUGUCAUAUAUUGUUUCUUAUUGUUGCGAAAACUUCAAUUAUUCUUUUAUGUUUUAAUUUCGUAGAGUCUGUUUGGUUCAUCAAUGAACAUGGAUCUCCAGUGGUUUGUGGAUAAAUUACCAUCAGGUUUUGACACUGAAACUGGUGAAUGUGGUGACGCACGUUAUAAUGAUCUAUGGGGUUCAGUUAUAUCUCAGUUACUGCUUAAGAAACAUAUUCCUGAUGCAUGUCCUGUGGCUACACAGUUCAGUUGGCAAGCUGUUCAUCACAGGCUCUUUUUUGUUUAUUCAUUUAUUGAUCCUAG